AAUGGAGUUAGUUUCAAGGAACUAGGUGUGCUUGUGGAUUCAUAAGAAAGGGAUUUUCUUGUACCGAAUUAUUUGGUACAAAAUGCCUCCCACAUUGUUUCAGAAACUUUUUAAUAAAAGAAAUGCUUUUUCACCGCCUCCGAAGUGCACAAAAGAUGAUCACUCGUACAGUUGGACUUCUCCCGAGUUGGAGCCCAGCCAGAUCAGGCUGAUCGUGUACCAAGACUGUGAGCGACGGGGAAGAAAUGUCCUGUUCGACUCAAACGCUAAAAAGAGAAGCGCGGAGGAAGGGCCCGCUUCGAAGCCCAGCGCUGAGGCACAGCCCCGGAUGUUUGGGAAGUGCUGCAAGCUCAGGCCCACGAGCGGCAGCACCAGCUCCCUGGACAGCUGCUCCUCCUCCGCCUCCGAGCCACGAGAGCAGGGACCACGCUUCCCCAAUUCUCGCAGCUCCUCAGAUGCCAGUAUGCUGGGGGAGAUGAUGUUUGGCUCGGUGGCCAUGAGCUACAAGGGAUCCACGCUGAAAAUCCACCAGAUACGGUCCCCCCCUCAGCUGAUGCUCAGCAAAGUGUUCACCGCGCGGACGGGAAGCAGCGUUUACGGCAGCCUCAACACAUUGCAGGACAGCCUGGAGUUCAUCAACCAGGACUCGAAUUCUCUGCGCCCAGACCAGAACACGGGUGCCAACGGGUUCCUGGGGAACAUAGGAUUGUCUCAGCUCUGCAGCCCCCGCCGGGCCUUCUCUGAGCAGGGCCCUCUCCGCCUCAUCAAGAGCGCCUCUUUCUUUUCAGGACACAGUAACCCCAUGGACAUGCCGGGCAGAGGCCUGUACGACGAGAGGGACAGCGGGAUCGCCAGAUCAGCCUCUCUGAGCAGCUUGUUGAUCACUCCGUUCCCCUCCCCCGGUUCCUCCUUCACCAGCAGCUGUGCCAGCAGCUACCACAGACGCUGGCUGAGGAGCCAGACCACCAGCCUGGAGAACGGGGUCUUCCCGCGAUGGUCAGUGGAGGAGAGCUUCAACAUGUCUGACGACAGCGGCGGCCCCAGCCUCGGGGCCGCCAGGAAGAAGAAGAUCGCCAUCGGCGUCAUCUUUCUGCUGUCACAAGACGAGGAGGAGAACAGCAAGUUCCAGGACUUCUUCUUUUCUCACUUCCCACUCUUCGAGAGUCACAUGAACAAGCUGAAAAGUGCAAUCGAACAGGCUAUGAAGAUGAGCCGGCGGUCUGUGGAUGCCAGUCAGAGAGCUCUGGCCUACAGCCGCAUGGUGGACGGGCUGAACGAGUUCCGGACGACCGUCUGUAACCUGUACACCAUGCCGCGCGUCCCCGAGCCCGUCUGGCUGACCAUGAUGUCCGGCGCGCCGGAGAAGAACCAGCUGUGCGGCCAGUUCAUGAAGGAGUUCGCCUUCCUGAUGGAGCAGGCCUCCAAGAACCAAUUUCUUCCUGCGCUCCUCACCGCUGUCCUCACCAAUCAUCUGGCUUGGGUUCCCACGGUGAUGCCAAACGGACAGCCGCCAAUCAAGAUCUUCCUGGAGAAGCACUCGUCCCAGAGUGUGGACCUGCUGGCCAAAACGCACCCGUACAACCCGCUGUGGGCCCAGCUGGGCGACCUGUACGGGGCCAUCAGCUCGCCGCUCCGGCUGUGCCGCACGGUGGUGGUGGGCCGGCGGCAGGAGCUGGUGCAGCGGCUGCUGCACUUCCUCACCUACUUCAUCCGCUGCUCGGAGCUGCUGGAGACGCACCUGCUGGAGAGCGCCGAGGACGAGGCCAUCGUCAUGCCGGGCUCGCUCAUCACCACCUCGCUGCGCCGGGGCGAGGUGGAGGAGUCCGAGUACGUCCUGGUCACCGUGCACAAGCCCAGCGGCGACUACCUGUCGCGGGACGGCCCGCCCGAGGACGGCGGCUACCCCUCCGACAACAGCUGCCGCAGCAGCAGCGGCUGCGCGGACGAGGCCGGCCCCGUGCCGGAGACGGACAGCAGCCAGGACUCGCAGAGCAGCGUCCUGCAGGCCCUGCUCCGUCCACCGGGGGGAGCCCCGGACGAGCCCGACCCGCCCCCCUGCAGGGAGAAGGCCAGCCGCUGCCUGGACGCCAAGCUGGAGACGGUGGUGUGCGUGGGGUCGGCGUCCCCCCGGGAAAAGGGCGUGGCCCUGGAGGCGGAGCUGGGGGCGGGGUCGGAGGUCGCGGCGGUCUGCGAGGACGUCCCCGACGGCGGGAGUCUGCCCAUCAAAGUGUUCCGGUCGUCCGGGAUCCCGCUGGAGAAGAAGCCGCCGGAUAAGAGCCUGGCCAGCCCCUUCCCCACGGAGGAGGAGGAGGAGGAGGAGGAGGAGCAGCCCUCCUCCAAAGUCACCUUCCUCAUCGGGGACUCCAUGUCGCCGGACUCAGACACGGAGUGCCGGAGGCGGCGGGUCGAGGGCCAGAUCCGCAAGCACAGGAAGCAGCUGCUGCAGCUGCAGGAAGGGGGCGCCGGAGAGCCCAAGCGCGAGGCCAGGCUGCCGGCGGAGGACCAGAGCAAGCCCGGCGAGGGCCAGGAGAAGCUGCCCCGCACCUCCAGCCAGAUGCCCCGGUGGAAGCCCGCCCCCGAGGACUGCAUGGACCUGUUCGACGAGUACUUCAGCGACGACAACCCCGUGGAAACCAGGACUAUCGACGACGUGUCCAAAAAGCUGGAGGCGGGCGGGGCAGACCGGUCGCAGAAGGAGCCCUCGGACGCCCCGGGGGCUGCUGGGAAGGGGGCGGUUCCCCGGGGUGCGGGCGGCGGCGGCGGCGGCCGUUGCGGCUGCAGCUCCGCGGACGCGACGGGCGGCGGCCGAUGUUCGGGGUGUCCUGCCGCGCAGGACCGAGGCAUCGUGAUCUCCGUCACCGUCCCCCAGGGGGACACGGUGGACCUGAAGAAGGCGGCCCCCCUGAACGAGUGGGACAUCCCCCGGAACGAGAGCUCGGACAGCGCCCUGGGGGACAGCGAGAGCGAGGACGCGGGACAGGAGCUCCACCGCGCCGAGGGGCCCUACUACCCGGAGGAGCAGGAGGACUGGCUGGACGAGGUGGAGGUUCCCUUCCCGGGGUCCAAGCUGGUCGAAAAUUACUCCAAGCCGAGCAUCGCCAACUUCGGGAGGUCUCUGUUCGGCGGGUACUGCCCCACGUACGUCCCGGACUUCGUCCUGCACGGGUUGCCCAGCGACGAGCGCCUCCGGCAGAGUCUGCAGGCGGACCUGGCACAUGCCGUGCAGCACCCGGUGCUGGACGAGCCCAUCGCAGAGGCCGUCUGCAUCAUAGCGGACACCGACAAGUGGACCGUGCAGGUGGCCAGCAGCCAGAGAAGAGCCACCGAAAACAAGCUGGGCAAGGAGGUCCUGGUGUCCAACCUGGUGUCCGGCCUCCUCCUCUCUACCUUUCACCUGUACAAGCUCAACCUCUCUCCAAAUUUCUGCAUCAUGCACCUGGAAGACCGACUCCAGGAGCUGUACUUCAAGAGCCGGAUGCUGGCGGAGUACCUUAAGGGCCAGACCAGAGUGCACGUCAAAGAGCUGGGCAUGGUUCUGGGGAUCGAGUCUAACGACCUCCCCCUGCUGGCGUCGGUGGCGGGCAUGCACGCGCCCUACGUGGCGCAGAUACUGCUGUAGACGGGCGGAAGGUGGCGGACGGCGGAGGCUGUUUAGUCUGGACGCGGGAAAAGGUGUUCGCUGAGAGGGCCGGCCCCACACAGCGCAGUAUCUCACAGACACUGAGAGGCCCCGGUCCCCUGUGCUCACAGACACUGAGGGGCCCCACACAGCGCAGUAUCUCACAGACACUGAGGGGCCCCGGUCCCGUGUGCUCACAGACACUGAGGGGCCCCACCCAGCGCAGUAUCUCACAGACACUGAGAGGCCCCGGUCCCCUGUGCUCACAGACACUGAGAGGCCCCGGUCCCCUGUGCUCACAGACACUGAGGGGCCCCACACAGCGCAGUAUCUCACAGACACUGAGAGGCCCCGGUCCCGUGUGCUCACAGACACUGAGGGGCCCCACCCAGCGCAGUAUCUCACAGACACUGAGAGGCCCUGGUCCCGUGUGCUCACAGACACUGAGGGGCCCCACCCAGCGCAGUAUCUCACAGACGCCGAGGGACCUCUGGUCAGUGCGCUCACAGACACUGAGAGGCCCCGGUCCCGUGUACUCACAGACACUGAGGGGCCCCACCCAGCAGAUAUCUCAUAGACACCAAGGGGCCCCACACAGCAGUGUAUCUCACAGACGCUGAGGGGCCCCGGGCUAGUGUGCUCACAGACACUGAGAGGCCCCGGGUCAGUGCGCUCACAGACACUGAGAGGCCCCGGGUCAGUGCGCUCACAGACACUGAGGGGCCCCGGGUCAGUGCGCUCACAGACACUGAGAGGCCCCGGGUCAGUGCGCUCACAGACACUGAGAGGCCCCGGGUCAGUGCACUCACAGACACUGAGGGGCCCCACCCAGCAGAUAUCUCACAGACACUGAGAGGCCCCGGGUCAGUGCGCUCACAGACACUGAGAGGCCUCGGGUCAGUGCGCUCACAGACACUGAGAGGCCCCGGGUCAGUGCGCUCACAGACACUGAGGGGCCCCGGGUCAGUGCGCUCAUUCACAGCUGCUACAGAAAGGACGCUGAGGCCGUCUCCUCCUGUGAAAGACUGAGGAUCCGCGGAAAUGCGCCUCGCCUUUCCACCAGCGGGGAAUGUUCUCAUUUAUCCAGAAUGUUCUACUAUUGUUUUACAUCCAGAGGAUAUUUUUACACUUUUUAGUUUUUUGUUUUGUUUUUGAUGGACAAUGCCAAAGAGGAGUUGCAAACUGCACUUUUCUUUUGAAGACUAACGAGUAAACGAUGAUACUAAAUCAUAUUUUGCUGUAUUAUCACAUUGUAUCUUCCUUUAAUCCAUAAUUUUAUUUACAGGAAGCAUGGGAAAUGCACCAAUGGAGAGAAAAAAAAGUUUGGCUCAUAGUAAAUAUGGAAAAAAAAGGCCCUCACUGAUGCCAAUUAUAUUUUUGCUAUUAUACUUGUCUUGCUGGUGUUGUUAAAUUCACUUUUCCCAAAGGGUCUCAUUGGUUCACAAGGUUUCUGAACAAAGUCAUGAAAUUACAAGCAGUUUUAAUCUGCUCUGUGUGGAUAGAAAUGUUCCCGUUCGUAAGAUUUUAAAGGAUGCCCAAAUAGGUUGCAGACAGCACAAGCUGAAAGACAAAAGCAUGUGGGAGCAUUUAACCUUCCUCGCCCCGACCGGUGCUGUACUACCUCAGAUCUUUUAUGGCUGUUUGUCUCCACUGUUCUAUUUUUGCCGUCUUAUUUUUCUUAAAAGGGAAAUAUUUGGGUCACCCUGUGGAGUGUAGUCCAGCUCUCACUGUGGCCUCAUCUUUACUGUAGUCAUAGCUCCAGAUUUCACAUUUGCACCCUGAAGGAUGUUUUGACAUUAGUGUUGAUUAUUGUCUGUGGACUUUCCUUGUGCUGGCCCAGCCCUUAUUUUUAGCAACAUUGAAAAGCGUAUAAAUUCCCCGCAAACAUGAAUGGCCAGUGAGUCUUUUACUAUUAUGGUGAGAUUGUGUCAAUAAUCAUGCAUAGAUAAUAAGUUACAAAAGUCUUAAAAAUUGUGGGUAGGUGUAAAAACAAAUGCUAAAUAAGUCGUUCAGUCAGAUUUCAGAGGAUAUUUAAGAUAUGAAUGUUAAAUUUCAGGGAUGACAAAAUGAUAGGAAGGGAUUGUAGGACUAAUACUGUUCAUUUAUAAUGGUAUAAACCAUAAACGUGUGAGUUUCAUAAAAAGGUGGUAUGAAACAGGUUGAUACUGAGGAAGGAGAUAUUAACUGGGUCCAUCUGUGUGCAAACGUUGAAUAACAUGUUGACUUGCCAUGAAAUUACUUGUUUGACUGUCCUUUAAAAUGGAUAUAUCAAAACAAACAGAAAGUACAGUUCUGUACUCUAUAGAGAAGGGAUGGUACAAUGGGGUCAUUAAAAAACUCCCUCUUUUCACACUUGUAAAGGCACAAUAUUUUAUACUAGCAGUGGAAUUCUUAAACGGAAUAUCACCACGCAAUCUUACAUUAUAUUUCCACACUUAAAUUCUUAAGUAUUCACAGUAAUUUAGAUGCUUGUCAUCCCAUGUUUAUGCAUGCUUGAGAAGGAAGUAAUUAAUCAAAAAUACCUUCAAUUCACCAUGACAUUUAUCAGUUUUCUUUAUGCAAUUAAAUAAUACAAUCAUUUGGAAUCACUAACAAAAACAAAACACUUUUUAUAUGACAGUGAAAUGCUGCAAAAGACAAAUCUAAAUGACAUGUUUAUUUUUACAAAUAUUUGUACUAUCCAUGGCAUAAAUGUGUUGCGUUUGAUUUAAAAAAUGGUUUUGUCCUGAGGGAUCGCCAUACAGAGUCUUAACUGAUGUGUGGCAUGAAGGAAUGCAAUGUUUGUUGAGAAUUUAUUUUUUGGCUAAAAUCAUGCUUUAAUAAUAUUUGGCCACAGCAGGAGUUGCAUUUUUAAAAAAGAAACGUUCGAUUAUUUCUCUUUUAAAUUAUGUAUUUAUAUCUAUAUUUCUCUUUAUAGAUAUGGUUAAAUUAUUUAGUCUAGAGUGUAACAGUUUCAUGUUAAUUGUACAUAUUUUUUCUGUUUGUUUUCAAUUAUUUGUACAUAAUGUACCUUAAAUAUGCAUUGUUUUCCUUAAUAUCCUUUCCCAAUUUUAUGGGAAUGUUGUGCAAUAAAAAUGCCAAUGUUAUAUAUUUCA